AUGUUCCGAAGCGUCCCGCCCCUCUGCAAACACCUCCGCCUCUCGCCCCGCGUCGCCGAAGCACUGCGCACGAAAGCCCCCGUCGUGGCCCUGGAGAGCACCAUCGUCACCCAUGGCAUGCCAUAUCCUGAGAAUCUGGCCAUGGCGAGGGACGUGGAGGCCGUGGUGAGGAGGAAUGGCGCGGAGCCGGCGACCGUUGCUGUGCUGGAUGGCGUUUGUCAUGUUGGGCUGACCGACGAGGCGCUCGAAUCCCUCGCCAAAAUCGGGACAAAGGCGCACAAAGUCUCGCGCAGGGAUAUGGCCGUCGUCACAUCAAAGAGCCUAACAGGCGGCACAACCGUCUCGGGAACAAUGAUCCUCGCACACCAAGCCGGCAUAAAAGUCUUUGUCACAGGCGGAAUCGGCGGUGUCCACCGCGAUGCUCAAAACACAAUGGACGUCUCCGCAGAUUUACUGGAGUUAUCCAGGACACCAGUAGCAGUCAUUUGCGCAGGCCCCAAAGCAAUCCUCGAUAUCCCCCGCACGAUGGAAGUCCUCGAAACACACGGCGUAACCGUCGCCACGAUCUCGAACGCAAAUAACGCAUUCUCCACCGAUAUUCCCGCGUUUUGGACCCAGUCGUCGGGUGUGAUGAGUCCGACGACGGUCGCUGAUGCGGAGGAGGCUGCUCGUAUCAUACACGCAGGACACAGUAUGGGUCUCACCUCGUCAACGCUUAUCUGCAAUCCUAUUCCACCCCGAUUCGCGCUUCCGGAGGCAUUGAUCAAUAAUGCUAUCAAUACUGCGCUUCGGGUUGCGGAACAGAGGGGGAUCAAGGGGAAGGAUAUCACGCCAUUCUUGUUGCGUGCGGUGAAAGAACUGACCAAAGGAAAGAGCCUGGAGGCCAAUAUUGGGUUGGUGAUGUGGAAUGCCGAAAUCGGUGCUCGCAUCGCGAAGGAGGUCGCGAGGUUGGAUGGGUGGAAGGAUGAGACCGUGCUUAGAGUGGCUGAGGAACCGGUGAAAGGGAGAACGGUGGCAAAGGAUGAGGCGCCAUUGCUUGUUGUUGGGUCUGUUGCUAUGGACGCGACGUCGACGUUGAGUGCAUCUGCUUCGUCAGCUCUUCAAUUGCAUACAUCGCAUCCGGGUCGGACUAUCACUACUCCCGGCGGUGUUGGGCUCAAUCUCGCCACAGCCGCGGCAUUCUGCGGUGUCAAAGACGUUCGACUCGUUUCUCGUGUUGGCUCCGAUGAGUCGGGUAAAGCGCUUCUCGAACACAUGGACAAGUUCGGUCUAGAUACGAGUGGAGUUAAGAUUGUGGAGGGUGAGAGUACGGGGAGGUAUACAGCUGUCCACGACCAACAUGGUGAAUUGGUCGUUGCGAUCGCAGAUAUGAAUGCGGCAGAGCAUAUCGCUGCAGAGGACGUGGCUAGGGAAAUUGAGAGAGCGAAACCGAGGUGGGUGUGUCUUGAUGGGAAUCUUAGUCCGGACACCAUCGCAUCGACCGUGAAAGCCGGCCGAGCAAGCAAAGCAAACGUCUUCUUCGAACCGACCUCCGCACCCAAAUCUGGCCGUCUCUUCUCGAGCACGAAAACCCGUCUUCCCCUCGGGUGCAUAAGCGUCGCAAAACCCAACACCCUCGAACUCGAAGCUAUGUUCGAAGCAGCCCGUACGAACGAGUACUUUGCCGAUGAGGGAUGGUGGCAAAUCAUCGAUGGUUUAGGUACUGGACCCCAGUUUAGGAGGGAUGUGGAGGUGUUGUUUAGAACUCAUCCCAUGUUGAGGACGUCCGGGUUGUUUGAGGCGGGGUUGGUGCAACAGGCCGUGCAUUUGUUGCCGUAUGUUCCGGUGCUGUUGAUUACGCUGGGCAGGUUGGGGGUUAUUGCUGUACAGCUUCUUCCACCGGAGUCUGGGAUUGCGCCAACUUCGGUUAAGGAUGGCCGUAUCGUCGCUCGUGGGCUCAGUGGAGAUGUGUGUAUUCAGUGGUAUCCACCUGUCGCGGAAUUGGGUGAGGGAGAGAUUGUGAGUGUGUCGGGGGCUGGUGAUUCUUUUGCUGCUGCGGUGUUGGCGGAGUUGGUGAGGGAGCCUGGGUUUGAGUUGGGCAAGUUGGUGGAGAGGGGGCAGAGGGCUGCUGUGUUAAGUUUGAAGAGUAACGGGGCGGUGAGUGAGGAGUUGAAGAUGUUGAAGUGA